AUAGUUACUCAACAAGUUUGACAACAAACCAGUUUGUUAUUGUUGGUUACUGCCUUCCAAAUAUAUUAUAACUCUCUUUGGUUAUUGCGUAUAUAUUAUAAUUCUCUUUGGUUAUUGCAGUUCACUGCAGUCUUUCCAUAUAUAUUGUAAUUCUCUUUGCCUGUAGUGCCAAAACUAAUAAUUUCAGACAAUACAUCAUUCGAUAAUACAAUCAUGCCAUUCAGAAGAAUCAUGAAAGGUCUUCCGUCAGAGAUGCUGUCCGCCCAAGGUAUAUUGGAGCAAGACUGGACCGCAUUAACUUCUGCCCAGCGUGACUGCAUUGUGAAGCUUGGCAUGGACAUCCAAUUGGAACAAGAAGCUUACCUCACGCAGCAUCCAGAGGUCAAAGCGAUGUUGGAGAUUUUCAUAAGCAAAAUGACGCAACACGCAAAAAGAAAAGAUAUAUUGAAGGAAGCUGGCCUACAUUUCACAAGGCCGGCAGAAGAUCUUAACGAAGAAAUAAAAAAAAGGCUAGCCCUGCCGUCGUUCAGUCCGUAUGUUAAGCGUGAAAAGCCAGCAUUCGUGUUCAAAGACAUAGAUCUGGAGAACAACAUAAAGCAAAUUGUGACAAAGCAUUUCCCUCCGGAGCCGUGGCGUGUGUCGACGCCUGAGGUGCCAACCCCCGACACACUGUCCUCCUCGUUCCUAUCGAUCCUCACUUCCGUCACAACGCUGCCUACUCCGGAAUCAGUACCGACACCAGAACCAACAGUGUCUGAGGCUUUCUUCGCCAUUGUAUCGAAUACGGUGGAUAAAGCAAUAUACUCUGGCGUGGACGAAGGCGCUCUUAAAUAUGACACCGCGUAUGUAGAACUUAUGAAGGCAGUCGAGGAAGCUAUGGAAAUACCCGUUAUUGAAAUCAGAGAAGACAUAGCGAAUCUCCUGUAUAAUUCGUACAAGUUGUUCGAAAUCGAUAUUAUGGAAAAAGAAAGGAUUGCUGCUGAAAUUGCUUGGGAGAAAAGAAUGAGAAAGAAGAUGAAGAGAACAGUAAGACGUUUACAUAACUUUAAGGGCUGGGAAACACCACCGACACCAAAGAGCGUGGUGUCAUCCCACGAGAGCUACAAGAAACCUCCGCCAAAGCCUUGUGUCUGUCAUCCGCAGUUUACUUACAAUCGGUAUGCAAAGGAUCGCUUUGGUAUCUACCUGCCGAGAGACUCGCAGUUCAGCAAGAAUAAUAUAACUGUCACUCCGGCUAUAUCCAUGGAGGAUGUGACCGAGGCACCAGAUGACGAGACGGCGGCCGACACGAAAUCCGAAGUCAGCAAGAAAUCAGCUAUGUCAGGCAAAAGUGGUGUCAGCAAGAAAACCGCCACUUUUGAGUCUUGAAAACUUUCGAUACUCAAAAGCGGAUUUUUAUAAUGUUUACAAUUAAAUAAAAAUAUUUGUAUGUGGCGAGGAGUUCGCAAGGGAACCCGAAACAACAUAAUAUAGGUACUAAUAUGCAUAAAUGCGAUUUGUAUAUUGUUCUAAUUAUAAUUAAAGUUUACAUAAAUUACGAAAGUCGGGAGGAAUAGGUUAUACGCAUCCUGAGAUACUGGUGUGUGAUUCUUCCUGUGUGGCGAGUAAAACGAAUGCUAAAAUUGACAAGAAACCAACGAUCAAUAGGCUCAAUUAAUACUUUUUCUUUUUUAUCUAUAGGAAUUGCUAUUUAAUUUCUUAAGUCAUCGCACAACUUCGUCGCUAGCCUCAACGGGCAAAGGUAUAUUGUGAUGGGAAAUAAUCACUGGGUGCUAUAAUACUACAUUCUGUAGCAUAACAUUUAUUAUUAAUAGUCUAUUUUGUGGAUUACGAAUUGUUUAUUUUUAUUGUUCGAAUGCUCUCUCUUGCGGCAAAUCAUUUUUUGUCAUUGUAUUAUUUCUUUAUUUACCUUUUAGUAAGUUCAUUGAAGGUUAUUAAGGAUUAUCAAUUGCCUAUAACCUACGAAAGGAAAUAUAUGAUAUGUGAAGAGAAUGUUCAUUACUCGUAAAUGCUUUUGUGUGUUAUUGAAAAAUAAAGUUAAAAAACGAU